UUUUAUUUACUUUUCGUAUUACAUAGUGCUUAUUGCUAUUACAUCGCAUAUACAUUUUCCAAUUAUUGGAAUGAGUCUGCUAAUUUUCAAGUAAAUUAAUUCAAUCACCCGUUAUGAACCAACAUAUAAUUAAACAGAAAAGUUAAUUUACCAAGUAGGAGAAAAAAUAAUGGAGAAAAUAGCAAUUUUUGGUGCUACCGGGAUGACCGGCGUCUGUACAACUGAGGCAGCCCUAAAAAAAGGGUUAAAAGUAAAAGCUCUUGUAAGGGACCUGACAAAAGUCCCAGAAAACUUGAAGGAUAAAAUAGAAAUAGUACAAGGCAAUGUCUUAAACUAUCCCGAUGUCCUAAAAACUCUUGAGGGUGUAAAGGCCGUUAUAGUCAACCUCGGAACAAGAAAUGACUUGAAAGCCACUACAGAUUUAAGUGAAGGGCUGAAAAACAUCGUCAAGGCAAUGAAAGAGUCUAAUAUUGAAAUUGUUUCUGUGUGCCUGUCUGCAUUUUUGUUUCAUGAUCCAACAAGCGAUAAAGUUCCAGCAAUCUUUAGGGAUUUAAAUGCAGACCAUCAAAGGAUGUUUGAUAUCCUCAAGGAAUCAGGUCUAAAAUAUGUUGCUGUGUUUCCUCCUCAUAUUUCAGACCAGCCAUCAUCUUCUUACCAAGUAGAGCAUGACAAGUACCUUGGUCGUGUUGUUUCCAAAUAUGACCUGGCUCAGUUCUUUGUAGACUCUCUAAGCCAGCCAGAACAUUAUGGCCAUGUUUGUGGAAUCAUAUCAAAACCAAACUAGUGAUUUUAUGUAUAGCAGCUUUUUAUCAAUGAUUUAAUAUUUAAUAAUGUUAAUUUAAAUUUUGGUUGAUGCAUUUUGUAAGACUAGGUACAUAUAAUAAGUUUGUUAAGUGUAUAAUUAUUAAAAUGUUUUCAAAAAGUUGUAGUACUAUAGUGAAAAAACUGUAAUAAAAUGGUGUCCAAAGAUGUCAAA